GGAAAAUCCAAGUUGGUUGGUACACGUGCGGACUUCCAACUGAUUGACCUGCCACCUGGUGAGCAAGUUCUCUUCGUAACAAACGCUACUCGAAGAUCCGUCUGUUAAAAUUUUAGUCCUUUCGGGCAUCGUCAUCAAGGAGUUCCAUUUCAGCAAUUAAAAUCAUGUCUGACAUGGAAGGAGGUGAUGUGUUGAGUGCCCCAGUUGCCGGUGGCCCAAUGGAUAUCAACACAGCUACACAGGAGGUUCUGAAGAAUGCCAUGAUCCAUGAUGGUUUGGCCCGUGGUCUCCAUGAGGCUGCCAAGGCUUUGGACAAGCGCCAGGCUUUGCUCUGCGUGUUGGCUGACAACUGCAGUGAACCCAUGUACAAGAAACUGGUCACCGCUCUCUGCCAAGAACACAACAUCCCCUUGAUGAAAGUUGACAACAACAAGAAGCUUGGUGAAUGGGCUGGUCUUUGCAAGAUCGACAAGGAGGGCAAGGCCCGCAAGGUCGUCGGAUGCUCCUGCGUCGCCGUCAAGGAUUGGGGUGUUGAGACCGAGGCAACUGCUGUCGUUCUCGAUUACCUGAAGAAGCAGUAAAUUUCAACGACUGACUUCGAACGAGUUUAACGGGAUGUGUUUACCUGCUGCUCAUGUAUCAUGUUGUGCAUAAAUAUAUCCUGAUUGAAGUCGA